UUUUUAAGAAGCAUUAAAAAGAAAAGGAAGAAAAUACUAACCACACACUGCAAACACCAUCCAGAGAAUCUCUCACACAAGAAACCGGAGUAUUUAACCAAGAAACAAACAGUAAGAACUGAGAGGAAAUUACAGGAAAAAAGAAAGAAAGAAAGAAAGAAAUCUGAUUGGUUCAAGGCUAGCUAUCAUCAUUCAUCAAAAGCUAAGAUAUCAUCAUCUUCUUCUUCUUCUUCUUCUUCUUCAAGUACUCAUCAUCAAGAAACAUAUCUUUCACCUACAGGGAUAUAUACUCAGUAUGAGUACUGUUGAAGACUCUCUGAGAUCUCUGUCGUUGGACUACCUGAAUCUGCUGAUCAACGGCCAGGCUUUCAGCGACGUAACCUUCAGUGUGGAGGGGCGGUUGGUUCAUGCCCACAGGUGUAUCUUGGCGGCUAGGAGCCUGUUCUUCAGGAAAUUCUUCUGUGGCCCGGAUUCGCCGGGGUCUGACUCGCCGGGGUCUCGGAUGGGGUUGGUUGGAGCGGGAGCGGGAGCGGCGUCGCCGAGGGGGUCGAUUCCGCAGGUGAUUCCGGUGAACUCGGUGGGGUACGAGGUGUUCUUGCUCAUGAUGCAGUUCUUGUACAGUGGACAGGUCUCGAUUGUCCCGCAGAAACAUGAACCCAGGCCUAAUUGUCGGGAGAGAGGGUGUUGGCAUACGCAUUGCACCUCCGCCGUUGAUCUCGCUCUCGACACUCUCUCCGCCGCUAGAUCCUUUGGUGUUGAACAGCUCGCUUUACUCACCCAGAAGCAACUUGCAAGCAUGGUGGAGAAGGCUUCAAUUGAGGAUGUGAUGAGAGUGUUGAUAGCUUCUGGGAAGCAAGAAAUGCAGCAGCUAUGGACGACGUGUUCACAUUUGGUAGCCAAAUCAGGGCUCCCGCCGGAAGUUCUAGCCAAGCAUCUUCCCAUCGACGUCGUCGCCAAAAUUGAGGAGCUCCGCCACAAGUCCUCCCUUGCUCGGAGCUCCCUGUUGGCGCACCACCAUCACCGCCAUGACCUCGGCGCCGCCGCCGAUCUAGAGGACCAGAAGAUCCGGCGGAUGCGGCGGGCGCUGGACUCGUCGGACGUGGAGCUAGUGAAGCUGAUGGUGAUGGGAGAAGGGCUGAAUCUUGACGAAGCGUUGGCUUUGCAUUACGCGGUGGAGAAUUGUAGCCGUGAAGUUGUGAAGGCGCUUCUUGAGCUCGGCGCCGCCGAUGUUAAUUACCCGGCCGGGGCUGCCGGGAGGACCCCGCUUCACAUUGCCGCUGAAAUGGUGUCGCCGGACAUGGUUUCGGUUCUCUUAGAUCACCACGCCGACCCCAACGUUAGGACCGCCGACGGCAUCACUCCGUUGGACAUUCUCCGAACCCUAACUUCAGAUUUUCUCUUCAAAGGUGCUAUCCCCGGGUUAGCCCACAUCGAGCCAAACAAGCUCCGCCUGUGCCUCGAGCUCGUCCAAUCCGCCGCCAUGGUCAUCUCCCGCGAAGAAGGCAAUGCAGCGGCGAACAACAACUCAUCCUCCGCCGUGAUAUACCCGGCGGCAUUGGCAAUGAGCGAAGAGCAUCACCACCGCAAUAUUCCCAGCUCCGGGGGCAGUGGAAACAUCGUCAACCUUAACCUGGAUUCAAGACUGGUGUACCUAAACCUGGGAGCAGUCGAAAAUAGCGGCGGCGGCGGGCAUCACAACCAGAGAGAAGCCAUGACUACUCGACAAAAUAGCGGCGACCCUCCAUCAAUGUACCACCAUUCUCAUGAGUAUUAA